AUGGCUAAUGCACGAAUAUUAAGGGAGUUGGCUGCUCCUGAUUUGACUCAGCAGCCUUUAUGCAUUACUUUCCCGAGUUUGGGUGAUAACACUUCGUUCGAAUUGAAAUCAGGUCUAAUUCAUCUUUUACCUUCUUUUCAUGGCUUACCAGGUGAGGAGCCGUAUAAGCAUCUGCAGGAGUUUGAUGUCAUGUGCAAUAGUAUGAAACCUCCGGGAAUCACAGAAGAGCAGAUAAAAAUGAGGGCGUUCCCCUUCUCCUUGAAAGAUUCUACGAAGGACUGGCUGUACUACCUGUCGCCAGGCAGCAUCACCACGUGGGACCAAUUGAAGAAAAAAUUUUUAGAUAAAUAUUUUCCUGCGUCCAGGGCUGCAAGUCUGAGGAAAGAAAUUUGCAGGAUCAAGCAGCAUCCAGGGGAGUCAUUUUAUGAGUAUUGCGAACGGUAUAAGAACUUGUUGCGCAGGUGCCCCCAACACCAAAUAAGUGAGCAGUUGGUCAUACAGUAUUUUUAUGAGGGGCUCCUUUUCGGGGACAGGAGCAUAAUUGAUGCUGCAAGUGGAGGGGCACUGGUAAACAAAACCCCUCAAGAAGCACGGGACCUAAUAGAGGGGAUGGCAGAAAAUUCACAACAAUUCGGUACGAGAGAGGAUGUUCCAAUACGCAGGGUGAAUGAGGUAGAGACACCCUCUAUGCAGCAGCAGCUAGCUGAGUUGACCGCGUUUGUUAGACAACAGGCUGUGAGAAAUGCAUCACAAGCCAGGGUGUGCGGAAUUUGCACUGGCAUGGGUCAUUCUGCAGACAUGUGCCCAAUGAUUCAAGAAGAAACUGCAGAACAGGUGAACAUGGCUGACCACGCGCCCGCGCCAAGGAAGCAGUACGACCCUUACUCAAGCACCUACAACCCCGGGUGGAGAGACCAUUCCAUCCUCAGUUAUGGAGGGAAUAGGCAACCCAACUUUACGCCGAACAGGCAGUCUAAUUUCGUGCCAAAUAAACCACCGGGGUACCAGCAGCAAUACCAACCCCGACCGCCUCCGGCCCCAAGCUCUGGUUCAUCUUUGGAAGAGAUGAUGAAACAAAUGAUGACAACCAUGGCGCAAAAUCAGCAAAGGACGGAGGCAACCAUUAUGCAACAUCAGCAAAGGACGGACUCCGAAAUGCAGGACAUAAGGAAUCAGAUAAGUCAAAUGGCCACAACAAUCAACCGCUUGGAUGCCCAAAAUCAAGGUAAAUUGCCAUCUCAACCUGAGUUGAACCCGAAGAAUGUGAGCGCCAUGACCUUGAGGAGUGGCAAGGAAGUUCAAGGGCCUGAGCCUGUGAUCCCCAAGGACAAGGAUGAAGAGAAGAUCGAAAAUGAGCUUGAAAGGGAGGACAGCAAUGGUGCAGAUCUAAAGGUACUUCCUGACCCAGUAAUUACAGCUAAAACUAACCCGCCUCCUUUUCCUAGCAGGUUGGAAAAAUCAAAGAAACAUGAUAAGGAGAAGAAGAUCUUGGAGGUUUUUCGCAAGGUUGAGAUAAAUAUCCCCCUCUUAGACGCAAUCAAACAAGUACCGAAAUAUGCCAAGUUCCUAAGGGACUUGUGUGUCAACCGAAGGCGGUUGAGGGGAGAUGAACGGGUUAUUGUUGGGGAGAAUGUGUCAGCAGUUCUACAGAGAAAGCUCCCGUCAAAGUGCGGUGACCCAGGUAUGUUUACUAUUCCCUGUAGGAUAGGUAAUACUGUGAUCAGAAGGGCCAUGUUGGAUCUGGGAGCAUCAAUUAAUGUCAUGCCUAAAUCUAUCUAUACUUCUCUAAAAUUAGGUCCAUUAAAAGAAACUGGAAUAAUCAUUCAAUUAGCUAACCGAACUAAUGCAUAUCCUGAUGGGUUGGUUGAAAAUGUGUUGGUAAAAGUUAAUGAUUUGGUGUUUCCAGCUGAUUUUUAUGUACUUGAUAUGGAUGAUGAUCACUCCCCUGAUCCCUCACCUCUGUUAUUGGGUAGACCCUUUAUGAGCACAGCACAGACGAAAAUUGAUGUUAAUAAGGGUAUCUUGUCCAUGGAGUUUGAUGGGGAAAUUGUGCAUUUCAAUAUCUUUGAUACUAUGAAAUAUCUCUCAAACUCCAACUUUAGCUCAGUUUUCUCUGUGAGUGCUAUUGAUCCUGUAGUGCAGGAAGUGUUUGAAACUGAUGGCAAGGAUGCGUUGGAGGUGGCUUUGACCAGGCACCUCGAAUUGGAGACAACUCCUGAGGUGGAGUGGAGCGAGGAUCUAAAAUGCACAAUAGGCACCUGUACUGGAGUUGAAACCUCUACCAGUGCACCUGAAUACGCAUAUCUGGGUGAUAAUGAGACACUCCCGGUGAUUAUCUCAUCGGCACUGUCAAAAAUCCAGGAGGAGAAACUGAUCCGGGUCCUUAGAGAGCAUAAAGAGGCGAUAGGUUGGACAAUUGUAGACAUUAAGGGGAUCAGCCCGGCCAUCUGUAUGCACCGGAUUAGAUUGGAAGAGGAUGCUAAACCUGCUCGGCAGGCCCAAAGGAGGCUCAACCCCCUCAUGAUGGAAGUUGUAAAGAAAGAAAUUUUAAAAUUGCUAGAUGUGGGGAUUAUUUUUGCAAUAUCAGAUAGCCCUUGGGAGGAGGCAGCAAGGGAUGCUUGUGUUGUUUAUAGGUUAAAUGUGAUGACACUGAUGAGCAAAAGGAUCUGGACACCCAUGUUGGCUUAA